AUGCCGCGCCUUUUCCAGAAGUGGCUGUGGGUGCUGCUGGCCGCCGUGCCCCAGGUGGACGCCAACACAUGCACAGCUGCGGAAAUUCCGGGGCUGCUAGCCAGCCAUGCCACAUCGUCAAGCUGUUGGACUGUGAUUGUGGUCAACCGACAGAAGGUGGUGUACGAUGUCACGCGAUUGCUGACGAACCAUGAAGGUGGGCGCAGGGUCAUUGAGCAGAUGUGUGGGAUGGAUGGCUCAAUUGGCUUCUGGUGCAUCCACAGUAUGGAGGACCUGCAGGAGUCCAUCAACGACGGGGACGCCAUGGAAAUCUGCCGGAGCGCAGCCUCCAUACCAGCGCGGCGCUUGGAUGAGGAUGAGGAUGAGGAUGAUGAGGACGACGAUGAGGGGAUGCGGACCAACUGCGCGGCCGGGGGUUCAUUGCCCGUGCCCCCUUCCACAGCUAUCCAGGCCUCUGAUGUGACUCUACACAAGUCCUCAGAUGAUUGCUGGACCAGUAUGGACGAUGGGACUCGGAAGGUUGUCAUGGACUUGUCACUCUACACACACUACCAUCCGGGUGGAAAGGCGUACGUCUUGUCCAUGUGUGGCCAGGAUUCGACCGCAUCCUUUCGAGCCUUCCACCCCUUCGCGUACGUCACGCAAGGAGUCAACCAUGGAUACAUUGUGUUGAAGGGGCUCCUGCAAGGUGAGUAUCCAGCACCUCCGACAACGACCACGGCUGCUGGUGGCACUCCUUCAACUCCUUCGGGCGGUGGCUCCAGUCAAUAUGCAGGAAUCACAGCUGCUGUCCUUGCCACUCAUUCGACUGCCGGCGACUGCUGGGGCCGGGUCGGUAGCUGGGUUGUUGACAUGACGGCCCUCCGCAGCACCCAUCCGGCGGGAAGCUCCAUGCUGCUUUGCGGUCAGGAUGUAACAGCUUCAUUCCGAAGCAUCCAUGCCGACUCCUACAUCUCACGCAUGCCUGUGAUGGGCACCUAUGACUCAGGAGGCAGUCGGAAUCCUUCCCCAAGCCCUGGAACGACCACCGGUGCUCCAACUCCGGCGCCAACUCCGCCGCCAAACACGGGAGGCACGUCGAUUUUGAACCCCACCGUGCCCACGGAGAGUGUCACUGUCAUUUCGUCUUCCGCAAUGGCAUGGCACGCUGUCCUUUCGGAUUGCUGGCUGGCCAUGAAAUGCAAGGUGUACGACAUGACAACCUACAUCCCCUUCCACACCGGAGACCGGUACACCCCGCCGGGAGGCAAAGGUGCCAUCGAGAAGCUCUGUGGCACAGACGCCACCGCUGCCUUCGAAGCCAUCCAUCCUGCCUCUUACAUCGACCUUUCCGUCCGCACAGGGGCAGUGCUCCUUGGCGAACUAGCGGGCUGUGGUCGGGACACAGCCACCGCGGAAUCAACGACGACUCAGACCACCACUGCUGCCGCAGCUCCCGUGGAGGUUCCGCAGAAUGCGACGAUGUGGUACAACCUCAGCUUUCCGAACCUCCUGGCAUCAAGCGUGGAUCUGACCAGUACGCAGACAGAAGCCGCGCUCGCCAUUCAGGUCCAACAUGCCAUGUCGGCGCAGGGGCUCGUCAACGUGAAGGCCGUGGUUUCGAACCUGCGUCCUGGCUCCAUCAAGGCGACUGUGGGUCUUCAGAUGUCGGAUAUCGGGCAGCUGGAUCAAGUGAGGCUGUUCGGGAGCACCAAGAUGAACACCGUCGCGUGGAUGGGGGACACGCCCGUUGUGGAGGGCACACCUCAACUGGAGGUCGCCUAUGCCUCAGCACCGGCACCGGUGCCUGCUGCACCUGGGGCAUCCAUGCCAGUGUAUACGAUCCACCAGGUGAACGACCACAACACGGAGCUUGACUGCUGGAUGGCCGCCCAUGGCAAGGUCUUCUCCUUCGUCGGCGCUGCCAAGGCCCACCCAGUGGGAAGCUUCCUGAGCCUGGGCCUUUGUGGGGUGGAUGCCACGUCCACUUUCGAUCUCCACCACCCCUUGAGCUACUUGGGCAAGGCGCCGCUCAGCCGGAUUGGUGGUGGCCAGAUUGGGACCCUUUCAUCUGCGUCUGGCCCUGACGCCCCGAAGACGUAUCCCCGACCGUCCCCGAUCCAUGUGCUGCCGAACAUCGAGGUUGCCCUCACCGGUGGCUCGACGGAUUUCUUGCAGAAGCACAACUUGGAAACUGAUUGCUGGAUGGCUCUGCAUGGCGACGUCUAUGAUGCAACGAGCAUGCUGUCUCAGCACGAUGGUGGCCGAGCGAACGUGGCCGCCCUCUGCGGAUUGGAUGCCACGGCGUCUUUCGACUGCGUGCAUGCAAUGGAAGAGAUCCAGGAGGCUGUGAAUGACUAUGGCAUCACAAAAGUGGGAACCACCAGCACCGUGCUGGGGCCUGGUUGCACCUUCCAACUUUCCGCGGGCAUGUUGCCAGACAGGCAGAUCACUUGGGAGGAGCUGGCAAUGCACUCAACCACCCAGGACUGCUGGAUUCUCCUCGGAUCCGAGCAGAUUGUGUGGGAUGUCACGGCAUACCUGCCCAAGCACACAGGUGGAGCUUCGAGCGUCGGCAUCCUCUGCGGAGGCGACGCAACGCGGUCCUUCGACAAAAACCACAAGAAGGGCUACAUGACAACCUUGGCACAGAAGGGCGGUUUCCCCCAGGGCAAGAUCACAGGUGUGCAGCCGGCUAUCGACACGGGGAGUAUGCAGCUUACACCGCUGACGAUGACAGACGUGGCCAUGCACAAUAUCGGUGCCGACUGUUGGGUCGCAGUGCACGGCUAUGUCCUCGACGUGACCAGCUAUCUGAAUCGGCACUCUGGUGGUCGCAUGAGCAUCGAAUCCUCUUGUGGCUCAGACGCUACGGCUUCCUUCGAUGGCGCAUCUCAUCCUCAAAGCUACAUCACGAUGAUGGUGCAGAAGCGCUUUGCCACGAUCAAAGGUUGCAUCGGGAGCUGCACAAGCAAUGGUGCCACGCCUGCUUCAGGCAACGGCAUUGGCACACCGGAAACGAUGGCUGGACCCACCGCGGAGGUGCCCGCUCGGCAGUGUCGAGCUGAUGAGCCCACGCCGCCGGCAACCACCGUGACGGACGCCGAGUUAAAGCUCCACAACACGCCCACCGACUGUUGGAUGGUCCUGGGCUGUGGGGUUUACGAUGUCUCGGCCUACAAGCACAGUGGUGGGGAUGGCUCCGUGCAUGCCUGGUGUGGCGGAGAUGGAACGACCUCCUUCGUCGGCAAGCAUCCAUGGACAUACCUGGCGAUUCUGCUGAACAAAGGUGCGGUUCUGAAAGGGCAGUACGGCGGCAGCUCGGUACCCACCAGCGUCUCUCGGCAAACUCCACUUGCUCUCACCGAGAUUGCCAAGCACAACACUGCCACGGACUGCUGGUCCUGCAUCCACGGGCAGGUCUACGAGCUCCAUUUCUACAUGCCUGAUCACGAUGCCGGCAGCGCGGUCAUUGAGCCCAUGUGUGGAGAAGACGCCACGGCCUACUUCGCCAUGGCCCACGCCAAGGGCUCCCUCCAGGGACUUCCCAUCAAAGGCUCCUGCGACCCGCGUGCCGAACAGGCCUUCACGGAACAAAACGUCUUGGAUGGCGCAGCCUUCCUGGCCUACAUUCUCGUCCCGCUGAUGCUGAACCAGGCCUCCCCGAUGCUGAUGAGCCCACCUAUGCAGGAUCGCGUGUUCCGGCGACCCCUCCGAGCCAAGCCUCUCAGCGGCUGCCUGGGCAACUUGCUGAACAGUUACUUGGAGAUGCCUAUCGGGGUCGCCGUGAUGCUACUGUGGUUCCUUGUGGCCACGGCCAUUCUUUCCACCUUCUGGGCCCUGCACUAUGAACUCUACUACUUGCCCGACUUCGCCGGACCUGGAUGGAUCGGGAGGAUGACGGUGUACAUGAUCUCCAUUGCGACCUAUCUUGGCACCCGUCGCUGGUCUCUCGCCUGGACGCUCUAUCAGAUUUCCUACGAGAAGACCCUCAAGGCACACUACGUGAUCGGCUCCGUCGCGAGCAUCUACAUGCUGCUUCACGGGAUCCUCUACAUGGUGGCCUUCGGUCCGGGCAUGCUCCCAGAGCAUCAGGUGACCACCGCUUACACGUUGCUGGCUUGCAUCUGCAUCGUCUUCCCAUUCAGCAUCAACAACUUCCGAGUGAGAUGGUACAGCGUCUUCAAGGUCACCCAUUUCUUGGCGCCGGUCAUCGUGAUCGUCGCCAACCUGCACAUUAUGUCGCUCAAUGUGGAUGGCUUGCUUUGCCGUGGCUUUUGGGGUGCCAUGAUUUGGAUUGGGUCGGCCGCCAUUUUCUGGAUCGGGGACUUCCUGUACAGCCGCUAUGAUGUGCUCAUGGUUCCCACUAAAGUGGUUGGCACCCCACGCGUGCUACCCGCCGACGGCGGGCCUGCACACAUUGCCGUGAAGCUGCGCAAGAAGACGACGCUGUUUCCCGGGGCUUGGCUCUCGGUGGCCUCUCUGGAUGCGGGCUCCGCACUCAGCCAUCCCUUCACCGCCAUCGUGCGGAAGUGCGGCGGCGUGGAUAAGGAGUACGCCGAGGUCGAGUUCUUGUGGAAGGUGUGCCCUGGCAAGACAUGGACACAAGCCUUGCAAGACAAGAUCGCGCAGGCGAGCCCAAAUCACCCCUUCAAGUUCUACAUGUCGGGCCCCUACGGGGGAGGAUUAGGCUGCCUGGAGGCCAUGAGAGUUAUCAUCUUUGUGGUGGGCGGGGUCGGGGUUACCCCUGCUGCAUCCAUGGUGCCCCACCUCAUCCGUGGCGGCAAGGACGUCUAUGUGAUUUGGAGCUGCCGAAGUGCUUCACUCAUCCAGCACAUCUCGGCGGAGUACUUCAACAGCGCCUGUGGAGCUUACUUCGACAGAUAUCCCGACCAACGCCGUAUCCACUACAGUGGUAAGAAGGUGGAUGUCCUGCCCCCGUAUGUAAGGAAAGGUCGUCCAAACAUCCCGGAGAUUGUUGGGUCUGCCGUGCAGAGCGCAUUGAAGCGAGAGAUUCUGGACAUCGGUGUUUUCGUUUGUGGCCCUGGGGCUCUGGUAGAUGAAAGCCUUAAAGCAGCCAAGAUGUAUAGCGAUCCGGGGACAGGCACGCACGUCCACGUGCAUGCCGAGUCUUUCCAAAUGUAG